GCUCUACAUGGGGCAUCUGUGAACGAGUGCAAUGCAAUAACACAACAAGGACAAAGGGCAUUCGUUUGGUGAAGACAUGAGCGUGCGGCUCAUCGUCUUGCGUUUGAGAUUUCUGUCGUAUCUUCCAACUUUGCCAGGAACUUUCGGGCAUUGUGUGUGCAAAGAGUGGUGACCCAGUAAACCUUCAGGGCUGCGGGAACGUAGUGAUAUAUGGCCAUUUGUUUGUUCAAUUAAACAGUAAAGCAUUGCAAAGGGCCAACCGUAUAGGUCAUGACCACUGUCCGUAGCUCUUACACCAUAGUUGUGUGAAUGAUUUCCACCUUGUUUGUUGGCAAGAAAUCGUACCAGAACAGCUGCCUGAUAGAGUCAAAGAAACCACAAAAGUUCAUUUGUAGAGUUCUUCCAACUUUCGAUAUUUCAAAAAGGUGUCACUAGCAAUAAUUUCCCAGAUGGGAUUGGACGUGACGACCUGGUUGCUUGUUAACCGCGUUACAUUCACCUACAUCGAAUCCAAUCCCUCCUCAUCCAAGUCGCGCCCCACUUUCCCUCCACCAACUCCAUAUCCACAAAAAUGAAGAUGCUCAACCAAGAAGAAGAAGCCGAUGCUGAAGUCACCUGGGAAGAUCAACAAAAUAUAAACGCCUUCUCCCGCCUAAACAUGAAGCUACAGAACCUUGAAGAAGCAUAUGAAGAGAAAAAGAAGGAGAAGGAGUAUUUGGAUGAUCUUUCAAGCGAGUUGGAGUUGGCUGAUGAGGAUGAACUGAUAAAGAUACAGCCCUUUCAAUCGGUCUUUGAAAUCGAUAAACUGACAAUGUAUGCUUCUCAUCAAUUCAGAUACCGCAUCGGAGACGCUUUCGUCUCCCUCCCCCUCAGCACUUGUCAAGAGCGUAUUGAAGAAGAGCAAUCCAACCUCUCCGACGAACUCGGACAAGUCAGCUCAAGAAUUGGCGACAUCACCGAAAAGAUGAAUCAGCUGAAAGUCAUCCUGUACAAAAAAUUUGGAAACUCCAUCAACCUUGAGCGAUGAAAUGUGAAAUACUCAGUUUUCAAUAAAAAAAUAAACAAAAACAAAUACUUCAAUUUUUAACCCA